CUACAGUUGUUCUCGGAGUGAUUGUGUUCCUCGCAUUAAUUUUAUAAAAGUCCCUAUUAUAACCAUAAAAAAGAUGAAAAAACACGAACCUCAAAGACUUUUCAAAGAUAGAAAUCUCCACAUAUUUCUUAAAUGUAUCAUUACCUAUAAUUAUGUUCGAUAUCUUUUAAUUUGGUACUAGAUACGUAAUUCUUAAAAGUGGCUGUGCGGCUCUGUGUUCGGAUUCAUCCAGCUUACGGAGUUCGGGAUAAUACAGUGGAUCACAUGACGAAAUCUCAAAAUAUGACACAGUAUCUUAUUGCUGUCAACACGCUUUGAAAGAUAUUUCCUUUCUUCGUGGGAAAGUGACUCUGUAGCUUGUGCACUUUAAUUAGUAGGUCUAAAUAGGCGCUCCAAAUUUUUCGAAAAGACUGUGAGAAAUGGAGGACAUAGAACAACACCUUUCCGAUUUUCUGAGUAGAAUCCGAGUGUACUCAGAUGACGCAUUACUCGACCUAUCUAGUGAGGAGAGCUCGUUGUCAACUACAGAGGAUGGUGUACCGAUACGAAAACUCUUUGUUGGCAACUUGGCGCAGAGGACGACACAUAAGGAAUUAGACAAUCUCUUUUCCAAAUUCGGGAAAGUAGACAGCUGUUAUUUAAAGAGGAAUGCUGGUAAAAGCAAUUAUGCUUUCAUUACAUUUAGUAACGUGGAAGAUGCCUUAAAAGCUAGGAAAGAAGGAUUAAGAAAAGAAAUUCGCUUGCACAGUAGGGACCUAAGAGUGAUGCCAGCAGAUUCUUGGCAUCAACCAGAUAGUGUUGAAAAUCAAAGAAAACUUGCUGCUAUUAAGAAGAAAACGGACAAAAAUUCAGACAUUGAGGAACAGUUGUUUCAGGAUUACACAGCAGAUGAUAAUGCUCUUAUAAAUAGAUUAAAUGAUGACUGCCUAAUACAUGUCUUCCUGUACCUCCCAAUCGCCGACAGAGUAAAAAUUGAAAGAGUAUGCAAACGCUGGCGAGCAGUGAGUCAAGAGUCUUGGCGUGCUGUGAAGAGGCUAGAUUUGUCACAGUCGGCUUGGGGAUUAUGUCCAAAGAAAAAGCAGCGCAGUGUCGACACACCCAUUCUAAGGAAAGUGUUGCUCCGCUGUGGUCGUUUUCUUAAUCACAUUGAUUUCUCUGAAAUGCCACAUCAAUUGCGUCAGAGCACAUUGACCAUCGUCGGAAAAUUCUGUCCAAAUUUGGAGACAAUCGAUGUGACAGCAUUGAAUGUCUCAGCCUCGGGAAUAGACUCCCUCACAAAUAGCUGUGAAAAUAUAACGGAACUCAGUUUGGGAUCAUGCACCAGCUACUGCGAUAAUGAUUUGCAGAAGCUAUUUGCAGUUAAUAGGAAGCUCAGAUAUUUCAGGAUUCGCCAAAAUAAUCACAUGACUGGGAAAUGUCUUUUACAUCUGCCAUCGGAUACCAUCGAAGAGAUAUCUUUGGAACAAUGCAAUGCCAUGCUGCCUUGUCACUUUUCCAAUGCUAUCGAGAAGUUCGAGAAACUUACUCAUCUCUCUCUUGUGGCUUGUAUCGGUAUAAACGACAACGUGAUGCAAGCUAUUUCCAUACGAGCAAAUAGUCUUAAAUCUUUACAAUUAUCUAAUUAUUUCCCAAUAAUGUCGAAAUGCUCAAUGCUGGAGGUGGCCAAGUUAAUUAAUUUAGAGGUACUCAACGUCGCCGAAAAUCCUGCAGUCACAGACGAAUUUUUAAACGUAGUGGCAGCCCGAUGUCUUCAACUUAAAAUGAUAGACAUAACAGGUUGCAAUACCGUAACUAACAAAGGAAUGUCGAGAAUUGCCACAUUACCAAAACUCGAACACCUAGUAAUGAGUUACCUGGGCGAAGUAAAUGACGAGCCUUUUGUAGGAAUGCAAAAUCUAUGUACACUCGAAUGUAAAGGUUGCCCCUUGAUUGGCGACACCGGCAUCUCAACCCUUAUACAAAUAUCGCAGAAUCUGGAACAACUGGAUCUGUCCGGUUGCGAUUUGAUAACCAAUAGGACCCUGGAAGUAGCACAAAAAGCCACACGGAUUCGCACAAAUAGCAAAAUCCUCAAAAUAGUUGUGGGUGGUACAAGAGUAAUCGUAAGCGAACUGAAGGAAGUUUCGCCAUUCCUUCAAAUAGUCAACGUUGAUCUUUCAUUAAUGCACAUGAGACCGGAUUUCGAUCACGAUGUAUUUUUCCCAUCCGAGGACGAGGACGAGGAUGAGAAUUACGAAUGGGAAUUUGACCAGUCAUCAAUUAGCAGCGACGAUAAUUCCUACGAAUUUGUACGUAAGGAAUUCCACCCGCCAUUCUUAUAAGCAGUGUUGCAUAACAAAGAUAAUAUGAAAAAUGGAUAAGGACAAAAAUCUGAGGAUUAUGAAAACCGAAGGAAGGAUAUUAUCACAGAAUGACUUGUCUUUAUACUUUUUCGUUUUCUGAUGGUCUCUAUUCUAUGAGCAGUUUUAUAAAAAUAGCUUGGACACUUUAUAUCACAAAUGACCAGGGGUAUAUAACUUAUUGCGCAUAGUAUAUUUGCGUAAUGAAUAUCAAACUAAUUCGUGUAUUCAACUAGUACCGUAGUACGGUGUGCAUUCAUAAAUGAUCAACGGAGAAAUGUUUGUAAGAUUGUAUUAUAAUUCAGCUAUUUCCUGCUAGCCAAUAAGAACUUUUUCUAUAGCGAUGUAUGCUAAGUCUAAGUAACAUAAAUUUCCUCUUGAAUAAAGUGGGUUACUAGUGUUCACAUU